AUGAGAUGACGGAUUGCUCUGCCACCGGCCAUUUACGUCAUAAAAAUUCAUAAAUUAAAAGUUUCUGGAAUUUCUGAUGAAAAAGCAGUACAAACUAUUUGCAAUAAAGAGGAUAGCUUUAGUUCUGCUUAUUUAUCAGAGAUGAUAUCAUGUCUAGCAGAUUUAAGAUUUGAAAAAGAGGAAUGGGCUAAUAAAAUGGCCAAAAAGUUUAUCGAUUAUACUGAAGCUAAAGAGUUUGCUUUUAAAAAUGAUACAGAAUAUAUUAAUUGGUUAUCGAAGUCGCACUAA